AUGAAUAUGGGAGGUACUAGCAGCACUGCUGCCAAAAAAGCAACCUGUAAAAUAUCGAUGUUAUGGAAUUGGUAUACAAUUGAUACGUGUUUCAUUGCUAGAUCCUGGAGAAAUGACACCAAAGGUAAAUUUGCUGGUUCUUGUAUUGGCUGUUUUGCACUUGUGGUGGUAGCUCAAUGGCUUACUCGUUUUUCAAGGCAGUUUGAUGUGGAACUAUUAAAAAGGCAGAAAAUUAAGCAUUUGGCUAGCUACUCACCAGAGGAGUAUGUUGUUAAAUGUGGAGAUGAGGAUGCUAAAUCUGAUAUGGAAGAACUACAAGGCUUCUACAACGAACCAAGUUGGAAAACAACUUUAAUUUCUUUACAAAAGAGUUUCAUUUAUAGUUUCUACGUUUGGGGUCCAAGAAGAUUGAAUGAACCAGAAGACGACUUGCUAAAGAAGGUUUUAUCAUGCUGUACAUUAGUAACGCCAGUUGAUCUGUACCCCACUUUUUUAGACCAUAUGAUAAGAGUUACAAUAUUUGUACUACAGUGGGGACUAUCUUAUAUCAUCAUGCUGUUAUUCAUGUACUAUAACGGCUAUAUCAUUAUUAGUUGUUUAAUAGGUGCUAUCGUCGGUCGUUUCAUAUUUUGCUAUGAACCUCUGGGCUCAUUGGGUUCGAGUGGAUCAGCCCAGGGCACAGUGAGUUAUGAUAAAGAGAGUGACGAUCGUAAAUGCUGCUUGUAG